UGUACAUCUUCAUCUAUGUGGUUGCGUAAUGAUGAGCUGCUUUCGCGAAUUCCGAAAAUAGAGUGGAGGCAAAAAGGCGAGUGAUAUAAAUCUUCUCGAAAAAAAGGCAACAGUUUCCUAGCUUCUCAUGAAGACGAGUAGAAUGAGCAAAAAGUUUAGGUGAAAAGGUUUGAAAAACGAACUCGAGGAAUUCCUUGAGAGCAAUCCGUUUGUAGUACUAGAAGACCGGUGGUGGUGAGACGAAAUCAAAAGAGUAAGUACCGUCCCUCCUGUUGCGUACAUUCUUGUAGUUGUAAUUGUCUCAACACUGGCACUCCAAAAUAAACGCACUCCGCCAACACGACAGUAAGAGCUUUCUUGUCACCUGUAGUCUGCCACGAUGAACAACUUCGCCCAACAACAGCCGUGGGUAACUCCAAUCGAUCUCGUGAACGCGGACGACCUCUUCGCGAAAUCGCCGAAAGUCGGGGACAUUAACUUGUACCCCAACAGCGCUCCCACUACGCACGGUCGAAAUUCGCCCGCUUUUCGGGGGCGGGGCUUGACGCCACUGCCCGGACGCGGCGAUCCUGCACCGGGCAUUGAGAACGGGAAUGUGCAAGUAGAGGCCUCGUCGUCCAGCUACAAUGCCGGCGGACGUUCCAUGAGCCACGUCCCUCCGCCGCCUCUACCGAAACAAAGGGCUAUUACUGGUUCGACCUUUGUGCCAUCUGCGUUUCCAGGACCUUCGGUUCCGGGAGUGCCCCACGCUGGCGGAAAGGUAUUUAUUUUUCAGAAGCAGCUGUAUAUUUUUCCAAGUGGAAGAAUGAUGGAUGGACCAUUCAGUGAAUGUAAACGUGCAUUAAUCCCAGCAUCACCAAAAGCAUAUUGCUACUUUCAUUCAGGAGCACGAAACAAAUGACGAUAAAGAGGAAAUUCAUACUUUUCACGUAAAAAAUAGAAAUACAAAUCGACCACCAGGCUGCCGCAUCGGCAUCGUCACAGGGUACUAAUCCUCCGUCGUCGGCGGCUGCUUCCAGUGGGACUUCUAUCGUCAAGAAUCCUUUCGAGACCUAUGCCGCUGGCGGUAUGGCGGCUGUGCUGGGACCGGUACGACGGAAGUCUUCAAAGCGGAUAGAUUGCCCACUCCAGGGCAAUGUGGUUGCAGUGACUCGGACUGGCCCGUCCAGUCCUUCGUCGCCGACGUUUUCCGACAGCAUAUCCCCCAUGGACACCAGCGUUGGAGUGGGCGCUCGACUGGCGGCGCCGCGUAUUCGUGUGCCAUCGCUUUUGAGCGUGAACGAACUGGGUCAGGGCGCGGACGACGGAGCGGCUCACGGAAGCAGCUCUCCAGUCUUGGAAUCCGUCGCACAUGUAUGUGUCAAGCAUUUUUUGAGUUUUUUGAGAUGAGUUUUCUAUUUCUUGUUUUGCAUUGGCAUUCUGUAAUAUUGUAGUUCGAAUAAAUAGUCAUCUUCUUUGUAGAAAAGAAUGAAUGCGCACACCAGAAGAUAAAGUACCCUGAUAGUACUGAAAAAUCAAACUACAGAGCCUCGGUAUGCCGCCCAGCAAAUUACCAGGAGUGCGUUUCAGCAAGCCAGACAGUCCGAUCUUAAGUGCCAACCUGCUGCAUCCGCAGGACACGACGCAGCUGUUGCGAAGGCAGGAGGGAGACCGUGGUGACGACGGGACGAUGCACGACGAUGAAAUCCUUCCGUUCCACGAUUUCAAAGACAAGUUGUUCAACGAAGGUAAUGUUCCCCGGGAGUAUUUCGAGCCCCUCUUCGCUGACACAAUUCUGCGACACCCGAGCCUGGAGGAGGUGUCCACUAUAAUGCAGAAACACUGUAUAAAAGAUAUUUUUUUAAAGUUUCAGUUAAUGAACCUCUACCGUAGUCAGCCCGACGUGGACUUGCCCUACAGCGAAGCCCACACUUUUGUUUUUCUACUGGUUUCCAUACGAAGUCACGCAUGCAUAGAAGCACAAAGGAUGAGCUCCUUGGCAUCGAAGGCGAGUAUGGCAGUUGUCAUUUUUCUAUCGCUCAUACCAAAAACUUCUUCAGAUUUGUACCCGCGGAGCGCCGGGGGAUUUCUCUCGUUUCGCGACUUCGAGCUGUAUCUGAAGACAAUGUUCCCGAAGCAGCAUUUGCGUCCGGGUAAAAUGGAAAAGCAGAUUAACCUUUUUUGGCAGAAGAAGAAUCUGCACGACUCGGCAGCGGUUAUCAAGAAUGUCGGAGAGCAGAUUUUAAGCCACAACGAGAAGAAACUAAAUGGAGUGAUUGUCGCAGAAGCAGAGGGACGGAAGGCGAUUCUUGGCGACGCGCAAGCCAAGCACGGCGUUCUUCUACAGUCGCAGGCCGAGGCGACGUUGCACCUCGAAAACCACGCCACGACACAGCGUCACGGCAUCGUGAAUCACAUCAAUGCGCAAACCCAGGGGCUGACGACGCACAUCAACGCGCAAACCCAGGGGCUGACGAACCACAUGUCUACGCAAUCUCAAGGCAUCAAGGAUCACAUCCAGGGUCACAUCGACACCCAGAACGUGGGGAUGAUGACAGCGAUCACGGCGCAGAACCAAGAACUGUACAACCACUCCCGCGAUUUAAACACGCAGCAGAUGGACCUCGUUAAGGAGGAAAACCUGAAGCAAACCGAGCAGAUCGAGGGGUUCACAACGGCGCAAACAGAGCAGAUUCAGGAAUUCAUCAAAGAGCAGCUCCGGAAGCAACAGGAAGCAGACAAAACCCGGCAGGAGGCGGCGGACAAGAGGUUUCUGCAGGAGGUCACAACCACAAUCGAAACGACCGGCAAGAAGUCGGUAGCCGCAAUUUCCACCCUGCAGAAGAGCGUGGAUACCAUGAAAAACCAGUCGGAAAACUACCAGAAGGAGCGCUUGCAGUUCAUGAAAAAGACCGGUCCCGGUGCGAUCGGCGCCACACCGUACGGUGCUGGUGGAACAGGUGUGCCGCGCAGCUCGAACAACAAGCCUGAUGCACUGAAGGGUGCUAGUACAACGCGUCCGGUUGGGCCAGGCUUGCAGCCGCCACCAGGUAAUUACGGAGUUUAGUAUAAUCCUUGUUUUUGAGUAAUGAUGUGUAAAGCCACGUGUACACGUUCUCGUUCAUAAAGUUUAAAAAAAUUAUCAAAACAGGGCGGCAGAUGGCGUCUCUGAAUCCAACCGCCCACCAACCGUUGGUCGCGCCCCAGCAGCAGUACAUUCCUGACGGGUUUUCUUCGAAUACUAGCAGCGCCUUCAUCUUGACCCGCCCAAGCUUGAAGCAGAGAAUCAUGCAGGUGCGAAAUCCGGGCCAUGGUUCUGCGGAACAGCAAACGGUGGAAUAUUACGGGUCGCUGGGCGAAGCCGGAGCUGGCAACGCUGCUUUGCAGCACGGAGAGGGCGUUCCAGGUCAUCACCGGACUUUUCAGGGAAGAAGUUGAUUCAUUGGAAUCUGUAGUUGUCACUUGUUGCGAGGAAGAUAUCAGUCAACAGGAGGAUCGAGCCGAGUUUGCGUUUCUUGACGGGGAGCAUGACGUGUCAAGCUCAAGUACUUAUCAAAAUACAGUAAAAUAAGGUGCGCCACCAGACGAGGAGAAAUAUAAUCGAAGCAUGCCAAUAUCAAUAAAAAGCUCUUCUCACGGUCGCCUCAGUCCCACUUAAUUUUACGCACCAUCAAGUUUUGCAGAUGGAGAUUUUUUAGUUUACAGAUACAAGAAUCCUGAUGAAUUUGUUGCGGCUUUCGCCUGCCGCCACAACCAAGCAGUCAACAAUGUACAGUUGUGAAUUUGUACGAUUUUGAUUUUCUUUAUUUUGGCCGCUAUUGAUAUCCAUGUGCAUGUCCUCAGGCGUGGAGGCUGACCCGCGGCUCGAUGCAGAGCACUUUGAUUUUGAUUAAUUUUUGUCGAGUUUUUUUACAAUGAGUGUAAAUGUAUGAUCCUCGUCGUGUCGAAGGAUGGUGAGCAAUGAUUAAAACACUGCAGAAAAAAGAAAAACAUGCGUGAUAAUGAAAUCAACCCUUCAGUCAGCUUCA